GAAGCUUCUCCCGAGAAGAAACGCAGGGCAAGGUAUGAUCAGAGACUGGAUCAGAGACUAGAGAGAGAGGGAGAGAGAAGAGAGAGUGAGAGAAAAAGAGAGAAGAGUCGGCGUCGUCUCCUUCUUGUUCUUUUGCUUCUGCUCAUCUUCUCUCUCGAAUCCCGGUAGAAGAUUCCGUCGAGAAGGGAGGAGGACAAUGGGAGCAGACUUCAUGCCCAACGGAGCCGCCCCAGCACCUGCCCCACUGGUGCUGGGCCUGCAGCCUGCGGCGCUCAUCGACCACGUGGCUCGCGUCAAUUGGUCCCUCCUCGACCGGGUCCCCGGCGAGCGCGGCGGCUCCAUUCCCGUUUCAAUCGAAGAGCUUGAGCAAAUAUUGCUUGAGGUGAAAACCCAUAUUUUGUCUACCCAUGAAGAUCCUCACCCCGUAAAAGCCAUGGCAGGGGGCAGUGUAGCCAAUACGAUUCGAGGGCUCAGUGCAGGAUUUGGUAUCUCCACUGGGAUGGUCGGAGCUUAUGGAGAUGAUGAUCAGGGCCAACAGUUUGUGAGUAAUAUGGGCUGCAAUGGAGUGGACUUCUCAAGAAUGAGGAAGAAGGAGGGUCCGACAGGUCAAUGUGUUUGUUUAGUUGAUGCGCUAGGGAAUCGUACAAUGCGACCAUGUCUUUCGAGUGCUGUGAAACUCCAGGUCCACUCUUCUCACUCGGCGGAUGAAUUGACUCAUGAGGACUUCAAUGGGGCAAAGUGGCUGGUAAUGAGAUACGGCAUAUUCAACUUGGAAGUUAUUAAAGCGGCCAUAGGGAUGGCCAAGCAGGAGGGUCUUCUUGUCUCCUUAGAUUUGGCAAGUUUUGAGAUGGUCCGGAACUUCAAAGCACCUCUUCUAGAGUUGCUGGACUCUGGGAAUAUAGACCUUUGCUUUGCAAAUGAGGAUGAAGCAGCAGAGCUGUUAAGGGGUGAGCAAAGAGCUAAACCCGAGGCUGCACUUGAAUUUCUUGCCACACGGUGCAAGUGGGCUGUGGUGACUUUAGGCCCCAAUGGAUGCAUAGCAAAGCACGGGAAAGAGAUUGUCCGAGUUCCUGCAAUUGGGGGUGCAAAAGCCACAGAUGCAACAGGAGCAGGGGAUUUGUUUGCAAGCGGAUUCUUGUACGGUUUAGUCAAAGGACUAUCUCUUGAGGACUGCUGCAAAGUGGGGACAUGUAGUGGUGGGUCCGUAAUUCGGUCCCUCGGGGGCGAAGUCACCCCCGAGAACUGGCAAUGGAUGUAUAAGCAGAUGCAGAUCAAGGGGCUCCCUCUUCCCGAAAUCCGGAAUUGAUUUUUCUUCAUCCGUUUUCAGUUACUUCCUAGUGAAAAAGGUGCGACUGAUUCUUAUGUCGCUCAAAAGCAGGGAACUCAUUCUUCCAUUAUUUGUACUUAGAGGAGCAAAAGGGAAAGGCCAUAUGAGAUCCAUUUACGAGGUCAAUCUGACUAACUGGAGCAGACUAAUGCUACGUUUACGAUCACGACUGGUGCGAUGUUUUCAAGUCACCUAUAAUAUAACUCCUCACUUGUUACUGGCUCUA